AUGGCCACGGUCCCGGGUGCAGCGCAGCCUCCAGGCUGGCUGGGUCCCAGGCGGAGGUUCCCAGGAUGUAUAGGACAGUGUGAGAGAAAAGCUAAAACACGGACAGCUUUGCAUGUAGAAGCUCAACAGCCACAGUCCAAGAGAAGAAAGCUGAUCGUUGGGAGGCACAGACGGGGACCUCCUCAUCUUGAAAGAAGUCCUCCUUGGCCAUAUGCCGCUUAUAACGGAUCCAAUCCUAUCCAGCAGCCUGAAAUGCCUUCCAAUGAACAAAAUGGUGCAAAAGGCCAUCCUCACCAAAGCUACCAUGUUCUAAGAGCUUCUUUGUGGAGCAGGCACCCACCAGAUCCCAAGGUUUCCGCGCCGGAGCCCGGCGAGCCCGCCAAGGGGAAGCCCUUUAAGCUCCUAGGAAUUAUAGAUGUUGAAAACAUUCCCUGUGCACGGGAUUCACCACUGUAUGGUUCAUUAGGAUCUGUUGUGGCUGGCCUUGGACAUUUUUUGUUAACUAGUAGGAUUAGAAGAUCAUGUGACGUUGGAGUAGGAGGAUUUAUCCUGGUGACUUUAGGAUGCUGGUUCCAUUACAGGUAUAAUUAUGCGAAGCUAAGAAUCCACGAAAGAAUUGCCAGAGAUGGAAUUAAAAAUAAGAUUUUGUAUGAAAGUACCCACCUUGACCCCGAAAGAAAACAAAGCCCCAGCAAGAGCAGCAGUUGA